CGAUCGGAGAUCCAGGAGGUGUCUGCUGGACGUGGUGUGCGCCAUUCGAACGCCGAUGCUGUGUUGUACAUAUUGUUUAUAUAUAGAAAGAUAGAACAUCUCUGUUCCCCAAAACUGAAUCGGAAACGGAAAAAUUCAAAUUUCUACCAUCGUUUGUGUGCGGCGCGUUCUAAAUAUAAAUAAAAAGAAAUCGCUUUCGGUUAAUGCCGCACUGAAAAUUCGCAGCCGACAAUACUGCGCCCUAAUCCUACCCAACAAGUCCUGAAAAGUCCCAUGCCAAAGUGGCCCUGUUUCGGCUAAUUAUAUAGUGAGACCUGAGCAUGGAAAGAUCGCCAGCAGCCAAUGCCGCGGAACCUCCUGGCCAGGAUGGAGAACUCGAGGCGGUUCAGCGCCCACCGCCCCGAAUCACAUUUAGCGAAAACUCCAGCUCCCUGAUCCGCUGCAUCCCCAACGAACGUGCCACGUUCUUCGUGAAAAUCGACUGCGCCGAGGAGGAUGAGCCGGAACUGCUGCCCUUCAAAUUCGAAUGGAGCCGGGGAGAGAUUCCCAUCGAGAAUUCCGACCGCUUCCGCAUCACGGCCACCAGCAACGCUGUCCAGUUGGCGGUGGAGCAUGUGCAGCGGGAGGACGCCGGCCACUACACGCUGUUCGCCAGGACGAAGAGCCAGGAUGUGGUGCGCAGGCACGUGGAGCUCAUCGUGGAGGACAGAUCCACGGGCGACGAUCCGCCGGUGUUCCUGCGCCGCCUGCUCGACCUCUCCGUCAAAGUGGGCACCCGGACACGCCUCCUCACCGAAAUUCGCAGUUCCACAGAUCUUAAGCUAACUUGGUACAGAAACGACCGGAGGGUGUGUGCGAACGAUCGCAUCACGGAGAUCAACGAAGGUACCUUCCAUUAUCUGGAGGUGAGUCCAGUAACUCUGGAUGACGGUGGUCAAUGGAUGCUUAUGGCGGAGAACUUUGGCGGACGCAACUCCUGUAUUGGAACGCUCAACGUCCUCGUGCCGAAGGCCUACAAGACACCUGAAUUCGUGGAGGAACUGCGCGCCGUGCUCACGGAGCAGGGAACCGUCUCCCUGGAGUGCAAGGUGGUGGGAGUGCCCACGCCCCAUUUGCGCUGGUUCAAGGACUCCAAGGAAAUCAAGGCUGGAGACAUCUUCGCUCUGACGGCCAACGCAGACGAUCCCACUUCACUGGGCACGUACACCUGCGAGGCCCGCAACUGCAUGGGUGUCACCUACUCCAGCUCCAAGGUGCAUGUCGUGGGUCGGGGCAGUCGCGAAGGAUCCCUCAAGCCGGCGGACAGCGUGGCGAGCAAUGCGCCGCCUCCGAUAUUCACGAACGAACUGAGGGACAUGAGCCUGCUCAUCGGAGAGACUAUCAUUCUCGGCUGUCAAGUUGUUGUGCCGCCGUGGCCCAAAAGCGUCUGUUGGUACAAUGCUAACGGGCGGGUGGAGACCGCCGAGCGGUACAAACUGAUCGAGGAUGGACUCGGAGUCUAUAUGAUCGAGGUUAAGCCCUCGGAGUCCUGCGAUGCCGGCGAAUGGAAGUGCGUGGUGACCAGUUUCGAUGGCAGUGUGGGCAUGACCUCGUGUUCCGUGGCCAUGGACAUUCCGAGGAACUAUCGAAAGCCCAGAUUCAUGGAGAAUCUGCGAGCUGUGCUCACCGAGGAAGGACUUGUGUCCUUCGAGUGCAAAGUGGUGGGCUUUCCCACUCCCGUGCUGAAGUGGUUCAAGGAUGGGCACGAACUGAAGCCGGGAGAUGUCUAUCAGCUCACGGGAACCAAUUCCCUGGGCACCUACUGUUGCAUUGCCCGCAAUUGCAUGGGAGAAACCAGCAGCACUGCCGUUCUCACCGUCGAGGACAUCCAGAACCAGCUUACCGAAGAGGAGCGUCUCGUCUUCACCCAACAAAACCAAAACCAGGCGCCAAAGUUUCUCACUGGCCUGAAGAGCACGGAUGCCAAGAUCAACGAACCCUUUCAGUUUAGGGUGGUGGUGAAGGCCACUCCGGAUCCCAUUCUUUCUUGGUUCCGGGACGAGCUGCCCAUUGAGCCGAACGAACGAUACAACCAUUACCGCGGAGAAAACGAGGACUGGUUGCUGGACAUCAAGACCGUGGAGUUUGUGGACCAAGCGGAGUGGAAGUGCGUGGCUGUCAAUGAUUUUGGCACCAGCAUCACAUCCUGCUUCCUCAAACUGCAAAUACCGCGGCACUACAAGAAACCCCGAUUCCUGGAGUGCCUGCGGGCUGUGCUCACCGAGGAAGGAGCCGUGAAUCUGGAGUGCAAGGUCAUCGGUGUUCCUCAGCCAGCUCUGAAGUGGUACAAGGAUGGUGUGGAGCUGAAGCCAGGUGAUAUCCACCGGAUUAUUUCCGGACAGGAUGGCACCUGCUGCUUGGGUACUUAUACCUGCGAGGCCAGGAAUUGCAUGGGCGUGGUGGCCAGUUCUGCCUCGCUUUUGGGAUUCGAGGAUGCCCAGAAGGGUCAGCAGCAAAAAAGCGAGCAGCUACAACAGAACGAACUGCAAAGAGACUUCUCCUUGUCCACAAUCCAAGAGGAACGCACAUCCCAGCUGUACGAAACUCCUGUGGGUGACAUAACCAUCGAUGAAAAGGGCGACGUGUCCUUCUCCUUCGACGGGAAGGAGGUCUCGGUUUCCCUUUACGAGACACCCGAUCUCACCGAAGAGGAGGCCCUCAAAAUUGUGGAAAUGUACGCUGAUCAAAUCUCCGAGCAUGUCACUGAGCACAAUAUUGUAGAACUGCCGCCGUUGCGAUUCGUAAAGGAGACCUCGCAGUCGGGAAAACUCCUGAUGGAAGCUGUGGUCAUCGAUAUUUCACCCGAGUACUUCACAGUUGAAGAAGACAUGCGCACUGAGGCUGAUAUGGAUGACAUAUCCAUAAACGAGAUCACGGUGCAUGGUACAUCGGAUAGGGAAUCCAGAGUCGACAAGGAGACGGAGCAGUAUGUCCAGGAGUCCUUCGAAAAAAUGGAGGAGGAGUUAUCGCUCUCCGCUCCGAUUCGCAAGCGCAAGAAGUCUAAACCUACAGAAACCGAUGAAUUCUUCAGCUUGUCCAAAGCCUCGGGCAGUCAAGGCGAAGAGGAGACAUCCGAAUUGCAGACCUUUGCCAGUGCCCAGAUGUCUGCCUCCCAAAAGGUUGUUUCUGAAUCUCAAGCCAGCCCGGAAAAGGAGAAGGAUUCAAUGGCUCCACCGAAAAGAAAGAAGUCCAAGAAACCAACAGACAGCGAUUCUUCAAAGACCACUGAGGAUGAAGCUCGUUUGCAGGACAUUUCGGGUGCAGUCGGCGAUGGACUUCUGGUCACUCCAUCCUCUCAUGCCAAAGCAAUUACAGAUGAGAAUGAGAUAAACAGGAAUCUAAUGGCCCUCGUUCCGCUGGCCAAGUUGCUUAAAGUAAUCGAGAAUCACUUGACCGCAGUUGAGAAUGAAGUGAUGGAACAGUCCACCAUGAUGAUGACUCCAUCGGCUGCCGAUCAGAGCAUUGCCAUCAUUCGCAACAUCAUAGAUCCCAUCAAGCAAAUUGAAUCCAAACUAAGGGUUUACUCCGGGGAGACCCAAAUCGAUGUGCUUAUUCAAUCCAUGGACGAGGACAUUCGCCGACUGCACAUGGGCUUGCAGGUGAUUGAAAAAUGUGUGGAGAUUGACGAGACAGGAGCAACCUUAAUUCAACGCACCAGUGUCUGCAUUAUUGACAGUGUGGCCGACCAAAUGAAACGAGCUCUCGAAGAGCUGAAGAUUGUGAGCAAGAAAUUCGACUCCGAAUGCCUUCGUGCCCAAAUUGAACUGACUGCCGAUGACAUUCAACAGGGAUUAGAAAUCACUCAGGGCACAAUCAAGUCGCAGGCUCUUUUGCAGGAGGCUCAGGAACUGGAGGCAGCGAAGCACUUCUCAGAAACUGUGGAAAAAAUGCAGGAAGUGCCCGAUUCCAUUUCUUUCGCCACCAUUUCGGAGGCCAAUCUGCCCAGUGAAGCAAGUGCUCUAAAGGAGAUCUGCCAGCCAGUGGCUAAGAUACAAGAGGCCCUGGAACGCGUUGAGAUGGAGCUCUCGUUGGAGGAGUCGGAGGAGCAGAUCUACAAGAAGGUGCACCAGAAAGUGCUCGAGAGCAUUGUGGAGCCAAUAAAACAGCUGCAAAACACUCUGCAGUCCAUUGAAGAUAAGACAGAAUCCUUGGCGGGCUCCGAAUCUAUGGAGCAGAAGAUCAACAUGGCCAUUCUGGAUAUCGUCACCCCACCACUCUUUGAGCUCAAGAAGGGCUUGGAGGUAAUCCUCAACGAGAAGUCAGACAGUGUGGAGGGAGGCAUGCUGACCGUCAGCACUGUGGAAUCGAUGGUGCCACCUCUGCAGGAAAUUCAGAAUGGUCUGGCUCAGUUGGGUCAGGAUCUGGAAAGUGGCCAGGCCUCCAUUCCCCAGGAGGAACUCCGAUCUGAGCCAGCACUGGAUGUAGCCGACACACAGAAGCUCUUGCAGUCAUUUGCACAGGCAGUUUUGCAUUUUGAGACGAACAUUGAGAGGAUCUCUCCGCGUCUCUCCUCCAACGUGAAGAUACGUUUACUAAACCUGAAAGAUGAACUCUCAGCUUUGAUUAGCACUAUUUUGGAAAGAGACAUAACCGGCCAUCAUGUUGAGCUGCUGGAUAGAUUGAAGCGUCCUGUGGACGAGUUGAACUACUGCAUUCGGCAGACAGAGGUCAAGAACAUGACUGGUUCCCUGGCUGACCUGAUUGAACCUUUGAGUAUGUUGCAGGAAAACACCCAGAAAGGUCAUGGGGGCAUGCUCACAGCUCGGGAACCCGAUCAGCAGGCUCUUCAAACCCUGGAAAACAUUCGGGGCAUUAUUCGCAACGUAGUUAUCGACAUAGAAGAGCACGAGUUUAAGAUUCUUCAGCAGGAGAUCCAACAGGACGAGGAGCAAGCCUCGCAGCAGCAGGAUAAAUCCUUCAGUGCCUUGCGAAAGGUCCUGGAAACAAAGGUGUCUCUAGAGGAAGCAGUAGGCAAUAUUGAAACGCUCCAGGAAGCUCUAAACAAAAUAAGUGAAAGCCCCAAAGCGACUGAAAGAGUGAAAGUCUCCUCAAACGAAGCCCAAGUUCACCUCUUGCGUAUCCUGCAAAUUGCCAAGGGACUAGCUACAUUCAGCGAGGCUGAAACAACACUCGAUGUUAACGAGGCCAACACAACCAGGAUUCUAUUCGAGUGUGGCAAAAGUUUUGCUGACUUGGCUAAAGCCCUGGGCAGUCCAGAAUCUCUGUCCGAGAAUGAGUUUUUGAGUGCUCUGAAUCAGUUUGGCGAUAUUGUUGGCCAACAGAAGGAAACGUUGGAUGAGAAGCUAUCCAUAGCUAGUCCUCUCUCCAGCCUGAUUCACGUGCUGGAAAACCUAAAGCCCCUUAAAGCCUCUCUGGAGGAUCUGUCCACUCUGGACGAUGUGUCAGUGCUUAAGUCAGCCGCAGAGUCUUUGCCCACUGAACCGGAGGGGGGAACCCGUGAGUGCCGAGAAGCCCUCGCCUGUAAAUAUCCUGCUUUCGGAUCUGAACCAGGGCAUUACUUCGGUUCUUUCCCACUCCGAAGAUCCUGAUGUGGUCUCUCUGUCUGGACCUGCUGCCCAACAAGUUCAGGCUGCUCUUAUCAAAAUGCAUGAACUCCAGAACAGUUUGGCACUGGUUCAG